UUUGUGUGGAAAAGAUAAUAAAAAACUCAGCUAUGCUCUUCUCACUCAAAUCCAUAUGCUUCUCGAUUCUCCUUCUGUGUCGGUGCCGUGGGCUUUCUGCGUCGGAAGAUCCAGUCCCGGCGCCAUGGCCGCCGCAAUUCCACGCAGUUACCGUCAUGAACUAUACUGGCGGGGUGCGAAUGGUGGACUUAUGGUACGACUGGCCUAACAAACGUUACUUCCACAUCAACCACUACCAGCUGGGGGAAACGUUGUACGAUGUCGAAUGGAACAACCACACCUCCUUCGUCUUUACCUUGAACUCCAACCGCGAAUGCACCGUCUUGCAAUUCCCGGUAGGCAUCCUCCCGCCGGACUGGCUCGCCGGAGCCAACUACCUCGGCCACAGGUACAAGGAUGGGUUCUUGUGUAACGUCUGGGAGAAAGUGGAUUUCAUCUGGUACUACGAGGAUGUGGAUACCAAAAUACCCGUGUAUUGGGAGUUCUAUGAUGGAUUGACAGAGCAUGUGAUGAAAUUUGAGGUGGGAAGAGUGCUUGAAGAUUCAAAGUGGCAAGCUCCUGAAUACUGCUUUGGUGAUGCUGUGGACAAGAAGAAAUCUUUGGUACCAAAUCUGGGUAGACAUCAUCUCUCUCGCGUUGGGAAAUCAUACAAACAAUACACUUUAUUGUUUUCCUAAGUUUGUUCGAGUAGUACUUUUUCCUUUGUUUGUUCGAAUAGUAUGUACCAAGUAUAAUUACUUUCUCUGUCAUCUUUGCAUUUAUAAGCUUACAUAGGUUGAUGAUAUAUAAUGUCUGUGAGCAUAAAUAUAAUAUAAACAUAAAUGUGCAGUUCAACUAUCA